CCCAGGGCCGCUGGGCCCAGGGCGAAGCCUGGGAGUGAAAUGCCCCAGGCUCUGAGGCGCACAAAGCGCAGGCGCAGCGGGUUGGGUGGCAGCUGCAACGAGUAGCGCUGGUUUUGGCAGCAGCAUCCACAACAGGUGUAGACAGGUCCCACCUGACUCCAUCCUGGAAAGUCCUUUUGAAGAAAUGGCCCUGGUGAGGGGCGGCUGGCUGUGGAGACAGAGCUCCAUCCUCCGCCGCUGGAAGCGGAACUGGUUUGCUCUGUGGCUGGAUGGGACACUGGGUUACUACCACGAUGAGACAGCGCAGGAUGAGGAAGACCGUGUGCUCAUCCAGUUCAAUGUUCGUGACAUAAAGGUCGGCCAAGAGUGUCACGAUAUACAGCCCCCAGAGGGCCGGAGUCGGGACGGCCUGCUGACUGUGAACCUGCGGGAGGGCUCCCGCCUGCACCUAUGCGCAGAGACCCGGGAUGAUGCCAUAGCAUGGAAGACAGCACUGCUGGAGGCGAACUCCACUCCGGCCCCAGCUGGAGCCCCCGUCCCACUCAGGAGCCGCCGGGUUUGCCCCAAGGUCAGGUGUGUGACCCGAUCGUGGAAUCCUUGUAAGGUUGAGAGGCGGAUCUGGGUACGCGUCUACAGCCCAUACCAGGACUACUACGAGGUGGUGCCCCCCAACGCGCACGAGGCCACAUACGUCCGCAGCUACUAUGGGCCGCCCUACGCAGGCCCUGGUGUGACGCACGUGAUAGUGCGGGAGGAUCCCUGCUACAGUGCGGGUGCCCCGCUGGCCAUGGGCAUGCUCGCGGGAGCCGCCACCGGCGCCGCACUCGGCUCACUCAUGUGGUCGCCCUGUUGGUUCUGAGCUCUCGUACUGCAGCGCUGGACCCUGCAACUAGACGCUAAACCCCUUUUCCUCCUGGACCCCCCACCCUCCACUCUCCACCCUCCAAGCGCUGUCCCAUUUUAGUCCUUUCCUCUCCAGUACCCCUUUCUGGGCUUGGACCAUCCCUCCCACUCUUUAUCCUCACCCCACGCCCGCCCAUCGGAAGAAGUUAUCAUCUUGGCCACAGACAUGGUUCGAAAUCCUCACCAUCUACUUCUAGACACCCUAGAAAUCCCUUAUAGACACAUACGAAUAUAUUUUAACCAUACGAAGAGAGUAUAUAUAACUUUCAUCAGGCUUCAAGUUCUCCAGGUGCUGGAGAGAGAACGCGUGUUGAGCUCUCUGCUCCCUCUAGGGGCAGCUCCAGGCUAGUGGGAAAACAGGAGUAAACAGUUGUGCUGAAGUUGCAGUUAUCUGUCUUUUGACAAAUGUAGGGGCGGGGAGCAAAGCAGGUAGGUUGGGAGUAAUGUUGCUGACAAGUUUAGAGCCCUGGAUGUCAUGGCAUGUCCAGAGAAUUAAAGGGGAGAUCAGUUGGGCUAGGUCAGAUCAUAAUGGGCUUACAGGGUAAGGAGCUUGCUAGAUAAAUGGGAGAUGUGAGCUUUUUAAUGGAAUGAAGUUUCAUGAUUGCACCUAUCAUGAAUAUUUUGCCUGUACUGUUAGUACUGACAUACCCUUACCCAAAAUACUUCCUGAGUUCAGCUCCAUUCUACCAUCUUCCUGGGUUCCCUGUUCCCCAUGACAACUGAGUUGCACCUGGGGGCUCCUGGUUGGGGGCCAGGUGAGCUCUGCUUGGGAGCUCCAGCCUUAGGAAGUUGCCUCCAUUAGGAAAUGCCUUUCUGAUUCCAGGAGCUCUGUCUACUGCUGUGACUGUCCCCAUCUCAGGCUUUGUCUCUUCUUUCACUCUGGGGGAGAUGGUAGUGUUUCCCUCUGGGACCUGACAAACCUUUGUACCAUCCUGGGACGACCCCCAUGUGCCUGCCUGCAGGUGGCCCAGCAGUCUCCCCAUUUAGUUCCCUUCCAGUCUCUUCCUCCAUCCAGUCCCAACUGCCAGUAGAAAUGCCAGCUAGCAUCCAUGCCCAGUAGCCAGAGUAGCUCACUAAUGUUCCCUGUAGAUGGGGGCUCCAUUGGCUCAGCUGCAGAGACUAAUAAAGAUGUGAUUGGCU